AUGUUACGUAUUCAGCAGAAUGAUAUGGAAACUAUUAUCCUAGUGUUCAGUAAAACACUUUAUAAAGGUAACAGGCCGCCACCAGGAAGUCCCUGGCCAAUGCCGAAAGUCUGGCACCACGAAUCAUAUGUCUUAAUCUUCACUCCGUCGAAUUUAACUUUCAACUCUGACCUUAAUGAUUGUGACCUGAUAGAGGCAGCCUACAAACGGCUUCUGCUACAGUUGGAGACUGCAGCUCAUUACAUUAAAGUCCGGAGAGGUGAGGGUGGGAAGUCCGUUCCACACAAGAACGGCAGCGUACACAGUACAGCAGACAACAGUGGUUAUGUCCCGCUGCGAGAGAUCCAAGUCAAGGUUGAGGACAAAUCGUGCCCUGAUUAUCCCCAGUUUGGUGUCCAUGAAAACUGUUUUCAAACCCUGGGUCAGCUGAUGUAUAUGGUUGAGAACAAGUGGAUGGUCAACAAAACCUUUAUUCGUGAUGAACCCCGCUUCGGACACAGAGGCUUUCACCUGGACACCGCCCGUCACUACUACAGCGUGAACAUCCUAAAGCAAAAUCUGGUAGGGAAACUGGUAAAACUUCUCUUGCCCUUUUUAUUUUUAUUUUACAGUCUGAUGAACGUCUUCCACUGGCACAUCGUGGAUACGCAGGCAUUUCCUUACAAAAGUGUUACAUUUCCCGAGCUGGCGCAGAAG